AUGUUCAGACUAAUACCGAGACAAAGGAUAAUACCCAGCUUAUUCAAACCCAGUUUAAGAUUUAACACAACAAUUCCAGACUCAUCAGUUCCAAAACCUCAACAACCAACACAACAGAAAGACACUAAAAUAAAUAUAGAUGAAUUAUUAAAAAGUUCAAUACCAGAAUUAUCAUUUCAAGAUUCAAUAUCUGAAAGAUUUGGAUUUGAUACAAAUAGACAACAAACUCCUAGAGAAGUAGCAAAGGGAAUAAAAGAAUUUGGUACAAAUGCUGGUAGAUCAAUAGAUGUAAAUUAUAAUAAUUUAUCAAGAACUUUUAUUCAAAUUAAAAGAUUAAAUAAUGAGAAUAAAAUUAAAUAUUUACAAAAAAUUCAAUCAAGAUAUAUAAGACCUGCUAAAUAUAGAAAACAAUUGAAAAGAGAAUGGUGGAGAAGAAAAUUCUCAUCUGGAUUUAAAGAUUUAUUAGCUCAAGUCAAUGAUGCAAGAAGAAGAGGUUAUUAA